GAGUAAAAUGAGCCUCAGGGUGUAAGGCUUCAGUCUAUUUUAGUGAGCCACUCAGAGGAGGCCAAAGAGGCCAUAAAAUUCAUCUGGGUUUUCUUGUGCACUGACAUUGUCACCCUCUCACUGCCUUGGAGUGGUCUUUGGAGGAACGGAUUUUGACUAGUGGUUUACACCAGAUUAAUCAUAAAAAGGAAGUACUUAGACGCUCACAAUGUCUGAAUCACAGAGACCCAAAUCUAAGAUUACGGCAUCCAGGAGGUUGUUCUUAAAGACAAAGCUGCUGAAGAAGGCAACCUCUAUGCUUGUGACUGAAAAAGAAGAAAAGCAGAGGGAGAGAGAGACCACCUUGCGUGAGAGAGUGCCACCUCUACAACUGUCCGGUCUGUCUGUUCAAGAUCUUCAGGCUCUCUGUAAAGACCUCCAUCAAAAGAUUGAUGUUGUAGAUGAAGAGAGGUAUGACAUCUCCGUCAAGGUGACCAAAAAUGAAAAGGAGAUUGCAGAUUUGACUAUCAAGAUUACCGAACUUAGAGGUAAAAUGAAGAGACCUGCACUGAGGAGGGUGAAGAUCUCUGCCGAUGCCAUGUUGGGUGCUCUUUUGGGCUCCAGGGUCAAAGAGUCUGUGGAUUUCAAAGCCAACCUCAAGACAGUCAAGAAAGAAGAGGAAAAGAAAGAAGAAGUGACUGACUGGCGUAAGAACGUGGAGGCCAUGUCUGGGAUGGAGGGCAGGAAGAAGCUGUUUGAUGCGGGACAAUAGAAGAUACAUUUUAAAAACUUAAUGGUGACAACUACACCAGAAUUAAUAAACUUCUUAAAAUGAAUGCAUAAAUCAAUGCAAGUUCAUAAAACACAUAUAUCCUAUUGUAAUAAUAUCUUAGGAUUAUGAUUUACAAUUUUAUUUUAGUUAAAAAGAAAUAGCAUAUAAGUUAUUUAGACAAGAAAACAGUGUCUGAAAUUUAUUUGAUGUCUACUUGAUGGUUGCUGUGAUGUUGAGCCCAUUUUCUGUCUUAAAAAUAAAAACACAUCAAAGAAAG